ACGUACGGCCGGGACAUGACGGCAUCUGCUGCAAAGAUGGAUCCUGUGAUCGGUCGUGACGACGAGAUCGACCGCCUCGUCUGCAUCCUGUGCCGCCGGACCAAGAACUGCGCUGCGCUCGUCGGCGAGGCCGGAGUUGGCAAGACGGCCGUCGUCGAGGGCCUCGCUCAGCGCGUCGCCGCGGGAACAGUUCCAGCCACGCUCGCCGGGGCGCGGAUCGUAGAGGUCGACUUGGGAGCAAUGGUGGCCGGAACCAUUUACCGUGGAAUGUUCGAGGAACGCAUGAAGAACGUGAUAAAGCAAGCAGAGGAUUCCAACGGCAAGAUUAUUUUGUUUUUCGACGAGAUGCACAUGAUGCUGGGUGCUGGGCGGGGGCAAUACAAGGACACCAGCACAGAUGGUGCCAACUUGCUAAAGCCAGCGUUGGCCCGUGGCCGCAUUCGCUGCGUGGGUGCCACUACCUUCGACGAGUUCCGUACAUACGUCGAGAAGGAUGCCGCGCUCGACCGUCGUUUUCAAAAGCUGCACAUUGAGGAGCCAAGCAUGGAAGCAACCAUUGAAAUUCUGCAGGGGCUAAAGACGCGGUACCAGGAGCACCAUGGGUUGGAGAUCCAAGAAUCUACCCUUGUUGCCGCCGCACAGCUCGCCGGCCGCUACAUCACUGAUCGGAGAUUUCCUGACAAGGCCAUUGAUUUAAUUGACGAGGCAUGCGCCACAAAAAUGCAAACUGCAGCUGGCAGCCAAGAAGCACAAGCACCCAAGGAGUUGUUAUUAGUUAGUCCGGAUGACGUUGCCAGGGUUGUCAGCCGAUGGAGCGGGAUUCCUGUCACGAAGCUCGAUCAAGAGGAGAAGGAUAAAUUGAUACAUCUAGCAGAUAGACUGCAUGAUCGAGUAGUUGGCCAAGAUGAAGCGGUCAAUUUGGUGUCACAAGCAUUGCUACGUUCCAGGGUUGGCCUUCGCCACACUGGACAACCAAUAGGCUCUUUCCUCUUCUUAGGCUCCACCGGCGUUGGAAAGACAGAGCUUGCCAAAGCUCUCGCUGAGCAACUUUUCGGGAGUGAGAAAAUAUUGCUUCGUUUUGACAUGUCUGAAUACGUUGGCGCUGGAUCUGUUUUACGUCUUAUCGGAGCGCCUCCAAGCUAUCUUGGCCACGAAGACGGUGGCCAGCUGACAGAGAAAGUGAGAAGACGCCCAUUUAGCGUCAUUCUUUUUGAUGAGGUUGAGAAGGCAGAUCCCUCUGUAUUCAAUAUCUUUCUUCAACUCCUUGACGACGGCGUGUUGACCGAUGGCAAAGGCAGAACCGUGGAUUUCAAGAACACCAUCAUCAUCAUGACCUCUAAUCUAGGAGCACAACACCUCGUAUCAGGAAUGGCCGGCGAAAACACUAUGGAGAUUGCACGGGGUCUCCUUAUGAAACAGGUUCAAAAUUUCUUCAAGCCUGAACUUCUCAAUAGGCUAAGUGAGAUUGUGAUAUUUCAGCCCCUUGCACGCAACGUUCUUAAAGAGAUUGUUAAAAUACAAAUGAAAAGUGUCAUCGCCAAAGCUCUUGACAUGGGCAUUUCCGUAUCAAUAAAUGAUGCUGCGUUGGAUGUCAUUCUAUCGGAAUCUUAUAACCCAAUAUACGGCGCAAGACCCAUAAAAAGGUGGGUGGAGAAGAAUGUAAUGACGAUGCUAUGUGACAUGCUGAUCAAAGAAGAAGCUAUGAAAGGCUCAAAUAUUUCAAUUGAGGCGAGAGACGACAAUAAGGGGCUGACAUAUGAAGUGGCAGAUUGA